CUGUAAAAUUAGCACCCCUUAUCUUACGGCGUGCUGAUUUCGCCAUUCUUGUGGAAUUUAAGCUAGCGUUGCUUCCUUGCAGUGUCGUUUGCAGCUCCUUAGUGCCUAGGUGCCCCAAGAAAUCAUCUGCGAAACAAAUUCUACCGUGAGAACUCGAGGGUGGACCUCGACCGUUGUUAGGUCCGCGGACGGCAUCCUUGCGCAAGCAAUUGGCUCUGAUAUGCAUCGAUGGCGGUGCUCUGAAGCCAUGUGUCGUGGCUGACCCGGACCGCGGGCGCGGGUUUCCUGGCGUGUUCGUCCGGAGGCUUGGCGCGCGCCCUCGUGGUGAGGGUCCCUGCUCGGGCCCUGGGUCUUUCUUCCUUGGCGCUAUCCUACCGCAGCAAGCAACGUCACAGACGUACCUGCAGCACACCCAGGAGCGCUGCAGUGCCUCUUUGGGCUUUGGGCAGGCGCGCACGCGGGCGCUGCACGCGCAGCAACGCCAGGCCGCACAGGCAGUUUCGGCAGCAGCGCAGCAAGCGCCCUGCAACAAGCGGCAUUAGGCUCGUGCCAUCCCCCAGCACAGCUACAUCCGCAUCCGGGGCAUACCGAGCAGGCCGGUGGGCUAACGGAAUAGGUUCAGCGAGAGGCGCCGGCGGCAGCCGAACCGGCGGUGUCGUGGCGAAGGGCGACAUCAGUGGGGUGUGGGCGGGGCUUCAUGUUCUCCAAUGAGUACCAGGGCGGCACGCACGUGGAGGUGCUGGGCACGCAGGGCCAGAACCCGCUCAGCGCCUGGAAGGUGUCGGGGCCGCAGAAGGGCGUGCAGAAGGUGUACGACAAGGCGCUGAAGGGCUAUGUGUUUGCAUGCGGCGCGGGCUGCAAGAUGGCGCUGCCGCGCGACGACCGGUCCUCGCUGGGGCUGUCGCAGCCGCACCUGCUGCUGCAGCUGGAGAUCGGGCUGGGCGGGCCGUUUAGUGUGGAGGUGGGCGUCACGGACUCCUCCGGCACGCGGCGCCGCAUGAUCCUGUCCUCGUCCUUCUCAGAGCUCAAGAGCACACCGCUGCACUGCCAGGUUCCGCUGUCGUCGGUGCCGCGCGACGCCUGGCUCAACCUGGUGCUGCCGCUGGCGGACCUGGCGGCGGCAGUGUUCAGGCCUGGUGGCGGAGGUGGAGGCGGGGGGCUGGGCGGCAGCGGGCCGCUGUACCGGUCGCUGGACUCACUGCACCUGGCGGGCACGUGUCGGCUGCGGCGUGUGUGCACACUGCGGGACGCACCGCACCUGCCGCAGGAGGGGCACGACGGGCAAGCCAUGGCGCCAGUCAAGCCGCUGGACUUCCCGCCGGGCCUGGACUGCCACACGCUGCUGCUGGACCCCCGCAGCAUGGCCUUCGUAAGCCACACGCCGGCAAACGGCGGUGGCGGCAGCGGUGUGGGUCUGGGCGCCACGGGGACAGGGCUAGGGGCCACAGGAGCUGGCGGCGGCGGCAGCGGCGGUGCUGGCGGCGGCCUAGGCGUGGUCGGCACCUCCACGGGCGCGACCCGCACGCGGCCGGCAGCGCUGUCGCUCACGCACACGAGCGGCGGGCCCGGCGGUGGUGUCGUGGCGCUGGGCGCGGUGGGGACGGGGCGGAACAGUAACUCGGGGACAGGUGCCGCGCUGGGUGCGCGGCCUCAUCCACACGGCGGCGUGCACCCAGCUCCCGCGGCGCACCACGGCGGGCCGGUGGCGGCGGCGCUAGCGGGCGCGGCUCCGGCCGGCGCCCCCGGCAGCUCGGACGACGACGACAGCGGCAGCGGGAUGGCGGCGGCCAGCGCCGGCGGCCUGUCGGGCGCGCCGUCCGGGCAGCUGUCGGGUCCUCUCGCCUCUCUGGUCGAGGGUUCCAACCUUACGGGCACGCUGUCAGGGCAGUCCACGCCCACGGGGCGGCACGCGCCGGCUGCCGCGCCGCCCUCGCCCUGGGCCAUCAGCCGAGGGCCGGCGACGGUGGGGCAGGCUGGGGCCGGCGCCGGGCACGGGCAUGGGCACGGCGAGCACCCGCCCCCCAGCCGGCUGGGGCGCUCGCCGGGCAGCCUACUCAGCCCCAAUGGCGCAGCGGCGGCGGCUGCGGCGGGCGGGCUGUCGCUGCUGAGCCUGGCGCCCGCGAGCGGCGGUAGGCCGCCGCGUGGGCACACGCACGGAGGGGCGUCAGCAGGCGGGGCGCCAAGCGGCGGCGCAGGCGCGGCGGACGGGCACGGCGGGAACACGGCGGAGGACCCUACCGGCGGCGAUGCGUCACCGUUUGGCGGCAGGCGGGCGGUGUCAGCGCAGACGGCGGUUCGGCACGGUGUGAGCAGCACGGUGCCGGGCGGGGACAGCAGCACUGCACCCAGCGGCUCGGGCGUGGUGCUGGGCGGUGCGGGGGUACCGGGGCAGGGUGGCGCGAUGGCUGGGGCCUCCGGCGCGGCGGCGGGUGGGGCGGGGAUGCCGCGCUCGCCGCCGUGGCCGCGCUCGGUGAUGAGCAAGCGCGCGCAGAGCGGCCCGGCGCGCAUCAGCACAGAGGCGAUGGCGCAGGGUCUGGGCGAGACGCAGGCGCCGGACAACAUGCCCAUGUCGCCCUCGCUGGUGCCGCGCCACGGCCGCCGCGCCCACAACGCCUCCAACUUCCCGCCCACCAUUGUGGAGCAUGAGGCGCUGUCCAUGAGCGGCGGCGGCGCGCCGCCCGGAAACGGCGGUGGGGUUGGUGGCAGCAAUGCCAUUCCGGCAGUGCCGCCCAGCCUGCCGCGGUCGCCCAACCGCAGCCCGGCGCGGCAGCGGCCGGCGCAGGUUGGGCUGAGUGGCGCGGCCCGCGAGCCGCAGUCACCCAGCCUACCGAUGCUGCGUCCCGUGCGCACGGACGCGUCCGCGGCCGCCAGCGGGAGAGGCGGCAUGGAGCCGCCCUCGCCUUCGGUGCUGUUGCCGAGCUGUGGCAGCCCCUUCGCGCCGUUGACGAGCGUGCUCACAGUGCGGGGCGGCGUCGACGCGUCCAUAGACUUCUCGCAGCAACAUGCGUCCAGCGCCCAUCCAAACCUGCGUGUGGGCGACCUGGCAGCGGACGGGGUCGUGAUGCCCUGCUCGCCGUCCUUCAUCUCCACACUGACCCGCCACAACAGCCAACGCGCGCAUCGCUAUGGUGGCGGAGGCGCUGCCGCCUCUGGCGCGGCUGCUGCCGGUGGUGGCGGAGGCGCUGGCGCAUUUGGCGGCGGCGCACCGGGUCCCUCCAUGGACUUCUCGUCUGACUCAGAUGACUGCGGCGGCGGCGGCGGCAACCAGCACGCUGGCGCGGCUAGCACAGCGCCCGGGCUGGCCGCGGCAGGCGCGGCAGGCAUGCUUGAGCUACCGGCGACGGUGCCGCGGAUACGCACGCGGCCGCCCGCGGGGGCACCUCCCUCCCCCGCCACAGGGCGAGGGCCAGGGGAGGCCGCAGCAGCUGCGGGUCCCGCGCUGCGGCGGAACUCUUCGGGGCCGAGCACCGGGGCGGCGAGCGCGACCAGUGGCUCGGCCACGCGGCGCACACCGGACGUGGACACGCCCACGCGGAGAGCAGCGGCCGGCGCUGGCGGUGGGGCCGGGCCGGCGGGUGCUGCGGCCAUGAGCGGGCGGACCAGCCCCGCCACGCCGCACCGGGCCGCUGCCAACGCAGCAGCAGCUGGGCGAAGUGGUGCGGCGGGUGCGGCUGGCAAGGCCGGGACGGUAGCCGGAGCGGGUGCGGGUGCGGGUGCGGGUGCAGCUGGCGGCGGCGGUAGUACGGUUGCCGCUAGCUCUCCUGCCAGGCAACGGCCCACGCCGCCGCCCAACGGCCGCACUGGCGCAGGCCCCACCACUCCUGGCCGUGGCCGCGGCGGCGCAAUCGCCAACGCCCAUGUGCCUGACCGCCUGCCGCCGCUGGGAGCAGGGCGGGGCGCCUCCAGCACACCGGCCGGUGGGCGCAGCGCUGGCCGCGGCGCUGCCGCUGGCGCCAGCGGCCCGGGCGGCCACGGCGGCCCCAGCCGCGCACGCACGACCGCCACGAACGAGGUGGACGUGGAGGAGUCCAUAACGUUGACUGCGGGCAUGUGGGGCGGGUUCGGUGUGGAUGAGGACGACGACAUGCUGGGCUCACGGCACUUCCGGAGCCCCGGCGGACACGGCGGCAGCGAUGAGGAGCGGGGGGGCGACAUGGCCACUGGGCCGUCCUUCGGGCACGGACUGGCGGCGCUGGGCGGCGCGGACGAGUCGGGCGAUGGCGUGUCACCAGGCCGCGGGUGGGGAGGGGGUGGCGGCGGGGGUGCCGCCGGCGCGGCGCUGCCGCCCAUGGGCGCCAGCGGCCCUUCGCCGCCGGGGAGUGCCAUGGGUGGCGCGCGGGGAGUUGGAGGUGCUGGCGGGGGCAGCGUCUUUGGCGGGGCGGCUGGCGGUGCGCUGUGGCCGCCGCGUGUGCCGGGGCUGGGCGGCGAGGAGCUGCCGGCGUCGCCCACGCGCUACCCGGCUGCCGCCGUGGGGCCGCUGUCGCCGCCCAUCCGGCGCAGCGGCAACCGCAGCGGCGGCAGCACCGAGGUGCCGCCGCCGCAGCACUACCAGCCCACGCUCACCGGCCACAUCGCGCCACUGGACAACUCGCCGCUGCAGCCUUCGGAAGGCGGCCGCGAGGCAACAUUCAACGGCUUUGCGCACUUCGCGCCGCGCCGCGGCAGCGGCAACGGUGGCGAUGGGCUGGACGGCGUUCGCGCGUCGUCGCCUUUGGCGGCGCCGCUUCCCUUUGACCCGCUGCUUGACGAGGAGGCGUUGCUGGCGGGUCACCACCACGCGGGUGGGCUGCUGGGCGCGUACGGGUUCGGCCACCUGGACCCCCAUGACGACCCCAUGGCGGCCGCCGAGCGCAUGCCCGACGGCGCCACGGGGGCGGAUGGCGGUGGCGGCGGCGGAGGCACGGACUGGAGCAGGGUGGGCACGGGCCCAACGCCGCCGGAGCUGCUCAACCCGCACCGGGCCUUCACGCCGCCUGUGGUGCCGGCUAGCAAGGCGCUGGGCGUGGCGCUGCCGCCGGGGGGCAGGACCGGUGGCGGCAGAGGCGGCGCGGGCCGGGGCGGCCGGGGCGGCCAGGUGCUCAAGGUGGCGGGCGGCAAGGAGGCGGCGCCGCCGCAGCCGCCCGCCAGCCGGCCGGUCAUUGUGCCCAGUGUACGGGAGUCCAUGGUGGACCUGGUGUACGACCCGGUGCUCAACUGCUACUACGACGGGAACACGGGGCAGUACUACGAGCUGAAGACGUGAGAUGUGUGUUUGUGUGUGUAUGUUCACGUGUGGAGAUGCAUUGAUUCACGUUUGUCAGGUGUGCGUGGCGUGUCGGAUAGGGAACGAGGACUGCUGUGUCAUCGUCCAGAUGCUUUCCUGGUCAGCCUGCAAGUCUGAGAGGAGGGGGACGCAUGUCAGGCAUACUUCAUGCGUGGUUGCGGGGCGGCAUGUCAGGCAAUCAAGGCUUCGGGUGAUCUGGCUUGUAGCACUGAAGAUGCAUGGGGGAGCAACCAACAUUGCGUGCAUGCAUGCCCUGCGAGCGGACAUGUGACGUUGGAGGAAGUAGCCCUCUAACGCGGCGUCUGGCCAUGCCCUAUGGCGUGAAGCUCGGUGUGGGACAGGUGUAGGGCAGAACAUUUGGUGGCGAGCCUUACGCAGCCUCGCGCACAGAGGCUGGGAUGUGAUGGCGGCAGGGCGCCCCUUAGGUGGCCGCGGCGUUUGGGGUAUGGUGGGCCAGACUCUUGAUCAC